GCCUGGCCAGGGCGGGAUUCAGGAGGAAUGAGGGGGGGUCUUCGGAGGAGGGAUUUAUGCUGGGGGCGUGGUCCGGAGUGAAGAGGGGCGCCGGGCCGGAAGUUGGGGCUGACACCAACAUGGGAUGAGUGUCCAGGGGAGUAGAAACGAACUUGGUUGGUGAGUGCCUAGUGGCGGCCACCAGAACCUGGCUCCCUACCAACUCAGACCCCUUCUUCAGGGUGGACCAUGGGCCUUUGCAAGUGCCCCAAGAGGAAGGUGACAAACCUAUUCUGCUUCGAACACCGGGUCAACGUCUGCGAGCACUGCCUGGUAGCCAAUCACGCCAAGUGCAUCGUACAAUCUUACCUGCAGUGGCUCCAAGAUAGCGACUACAGCUCCAAUUGCCGCCUGUGCAACACACCCCUGGCCUCUCGAGAGACGACCCGCCUUGUCUGUUAUGAUCUCUUCCAUUGGGCCUGCCUCAAUGAACGUGCUGCCCAGCUACCCCGAAAUACAGCGCCUGCUGGCUACCAGUGUCCCAGCUGCAGUGGCCCCAUCUUCCCCCCAAGCAACCUGGUUGGCCCUGUGGCCUCUGUGCUGAGAGAGAAGCUGACCACGGUCAACUGGGCCCGGGCAGGACUGGGCCUUCCUCUGAUCGAUGAGGUGGUGAGCCCGGAGCCCGAGCCCCUCAACACUUCUGACUUCUCUGACUGGUCCAGCUUUAAUGCCAGUACCCCGGCACAAGAAGAGAUAGCCAGCACCUCCACUGCCCCCGCCUUCUACAGCCAAGCCCCCCGGCCCCCCGCGCCCCCCAACCGACCUGAGCAGCACACAGUGAUCCACAUGGGCAGUUCCGAGCCCUUGACUCACGCCUCGGCCCCAAGGAAGGUGUAUGACACACGGGAUGAUGACCGGGCACCAGGCCUCCACAGGGAUUGCGAUGAUGACAAGUACCGUCGCCGGCCUGCCCUGGGCUGGCUGGCCCAGCUGCUCAGGAGCCGGGACGGGUCUCGUAAGCGGCCGCUGACCCUGCUCCAGCGGGCGGGGCUGCUGCUGCUGCUGGGACUGCUGGGCUUCCUGGCCCUUCUUGCCCUCAUGUCUCGCCUGGGCCGGGCUGCAGCUGACAAUGAUCCCAACCUGGACCCACUCAUGAACCCUCACAUCCGUGUGGGUCCCUCCUGAGGCUGGGCCAGCCUAGGAC